CGUCUGCAUCAGCCCAUUAUUUGCUACACCGUGUUUUUGGGAGUGCGUAUGCAUGUCAACUUUUAUCAGUUUCGUAAAAAAAAAGUUGUUUCUUGGUGUGGAAACAAUUGGAAAGGAUGGAAAAUAUUCCAGAACAGCUAGGUGACAAGGAAGUUGAUGAAAUUCUCGUUGUGUGUGGGAAGCAACAGCGUAAACGAAAAAGGAAAUUGAAUCAUCUGACACCCGAAUACAAACAACGACUAAAAACAACGGCAGUGACGAAGCUUUUACAAUGGAUGUCAACAGGAAUUCCAGAAAGUCAUAUGAAACACUUAGUAUCACUAUCGUCAAGAUUGCCUCAGAUGUUUGGACUGAAAACUAAAGUAUCUCUAUCGGAAGCCUGUGUUGGAGAUAUGACAUCACAACAAUCUACUUGUCAUUUACCUACAAUAUUACAUAUGGAAAAGGAGUGUGCCGAAGAAAUAGAGGUCCAUAUUGAUCUCCACCAGAAUACUGCUGGUGCGGAAUCUAGCAACAGCCAAACCAUGUUGAAUCACCUUCAAGAUACUUGCACGACAGACAAACAGCAUGCAAACGAAGAUGUAGAUUUUGAUGCUUUUGAAGGCAUACCUGUUAUUAAUCUUGCUGGUACUUCCUCGGUCCCAAACAACACACCCUUGUCGUUUAAAAGAAUUUUAUGCCAUUGGGCUGCUUUUACUAUGCAAAAGAAAAGUCAUUUGACGUACUUGCUGGAGUUGCUGAAGGAACAUAGGCCGCAAAUCGAUUUUGAUACCUUGCCAUCAUCCGGAAAACAGUUGAUGUUAAUCGACGGCCGUGAUAUGCCGCAGCCAUAUACUACGACAUUACAGUUAGCUAGUACAAACAGUGUGAAUCGAAAGAAACACCCACUGCCACCCGUCAUUAAUUUAGACAAUGAAGGAAAUGGAAGGUACACCCACUUCGGUCUUGAAACUGCGCUGGCUGGAGACUCACCAGGAGUAUAUUUCCGCAAUGCUGAUUUAUUGCAAUAUGCUGCUAUUUUCAAAACAAAUCCAAACGCCCUUCCACUAUCUAUCCAAAAAAAGAUUGAGAAACUUCAUAACGGACCGGAAAUUGAAGCUGAAAGGCGGCUUCUAAGAGGUGAAACCGCACGCUCGUUAAUCAAUAACGCAAUUAUCGUUCCACACUUCGAAGUUGAUAUGAGCUGUGAUGGCGUCCAAUUUUUCGACAAUUCUGAGCAAGCCGAAUGCAUUCCCCUCUGUGUUAUUGUACAUUCAGUGAGUGAGUGUAGUGAUCGCUCUCGAAGCAAACCAAUCAUCUUACAGAAACGAUCCCCAAUAAUCGUUGGAGUGGCUCACUGUAAAGAAAAACCAGAUGUGAAUCUUUUUUUAUCUGCUGUUAUUGCAGAAUUUAAAAGACUUGAUCCAAAUAACGACGACAUUACUACUAUCGGUCGCCAAUUCACUGCCUCCCUUCGCUGUGUUAUCGCAGAUUGGCCAAUGCGGUCAUAUUUAAAGAGAGUGAAAGGUCACACCGGAUACUGGAGCUGUGAGCGUUGUAUACAACCUGGUGUUGCGUGUGAAAUUAAUUCCAAUAACAAAAAUAAGACAAAGAAGAAGAAAAAAACAAUUCAGUUUCUCGAAUUGGAUGCCGCUCCUAGAAGUGAUGAAGAAUUCCUGUCUUAUUGCAAGUCCGAUGAUUGUCCCGAUGAACACCUUAAUGGUCAUCACGAUCUCAGUCCGUUUUUGGAUUUGAAUUUUCCGAUGGUAACCGGUUUCGUUGUAGAACCAAUGCAUACCUUUUACGCUGGAUGCGUAGGGGGCAGAUUAAAAGGCCUUGCAUACAACCCAAACGAGGGUAAACUGAGUUCCUCACAACUAAAGCAAGUGGACCAAAGAUUAAAACUUUUUGAAAAAUGCAAGCCUUUAGAAUUUGAAAGACAUGUAAGAAGCCUUAGCAAGAGCGUCAAGAAGUAUAAGCAUCACGAGAUAAGAAACAUGCUCAUGUAUAUUUUUAUUCCAGUAUUUAGUGGAAUUUUGCAAGAAGAGCACUUGGAAAAUAUUUUGUUACUUCAGUACGCCAUGUUGCUGAUCGGUGGUUUUGUUAACGAGCCCGUCUCCCAAGACAAUUUAAGAGAAUCAUCUCGAGUGUUGAAGAUGUAUGUUCAACAACUAAAACAGUUUAACUACCCUAUCCGACCGACUACUCACUUUGCGUCACAUUUACCUGAGGAUGCUUUGAAAUACGGCUGCGGAAUAGAGGCAUUGAGUGCGUUUGUUUUUGAAAAUUUUUAUAGAUUUUUCCGAAAUAUUCUUGCUUCGGGAAACUUACCGUUAGAGCAAAUACGAAAUAGGCUUGUAGAAAGAUCAAAGUACUUGUUGCCGACUUCAGCUGACGGAAUGAUCAUAAACUCUUCAAUGCAAUAUGAAAUUGAAAUUAAGAAAUUUGAAGUAAAGACCAGUGGUCAAAAAAUAUUGGUUAAUUUUUCCGAAUGGAAAGGAAUUAAGAAAAUGGUUUUCUCUGAUUUUGUGCUGACUAAUCGAUUUCCGAACAAUGUCUGUUUAUUCAAAAAUGGAAAUGUUGUUGUUUGUUCUGAUUUCAUCGAAUUUCCAAAGAUGAGCAAUAAUUUUCUAGUUGUUGGUUUUUUAUUUCAAACCAAAGAACAUGCUUGUGUGAAGCCCUACUUAUCAACGAAGUACAAUACAUUCAUUGUAUCUAAGUUGGACGAGCGCAUUGGUGAAUGGAAUAUAAAUAACUUACUUUGCAAAAUGUAUACUGUUCCUUAUAAAUUAACUGACUAUGCCAAGUUGCCUGACAUAACCCUGCCAAAUGUUCCCAACAGGUGGUUUACUACACCUAUUCGACACACCAUGUUGUGAUUGCUACUGACUUAUUUUAAUAAAUAUAACUCAAUUGACUCUUAACUAAUGAAUACCUCACGAAUCUUCUGAUAAUUCAUCGUUGGUGUUGUUGUGUGUGGCAGGUUUGUAAACGAACACUAUCUGCCUUAAUUUAUUUUGCCUGUUGUCCGGUUUAUUAAGUUGGUCGAUUUGAAUCUGCGCGCCUUAAGGUGAUUCAGAACGAAUCAAGUUAUAUUGUCGGUGUAUGUAA